UGUGAAGCUCACUUCAAAAAUUCCCGCCAUGGACAUUUCAAAGCUGCUGAACGCGGUGGAGCCUAUCGCCGCCACUAUCGAGAGCAAUCCCCCAACGACAUGGGAGGAACUUGGACAGACACUUGAGAAUCCUUCUUCUCCGUCUGAAGCUAACAUCCUGGCCAUCAACCGCUUUUUGUGGCGGUCGUACAAGCCUCUGACCAAUUCAGAACCCGCAGAAGAUACUCAUGAAGAUAAAUCCGAACACCGUGAACCCGAAAGGCCCAAGUGGAACUGCAACCAGAUCCGAGUCAAAAUCCGCAAGCUCCUGUCCACCAAGGAGAUGACACAAACGGCGUUUUUGGACCUCCUCGAUAUUGAACCGAAAGAAUUCCGGGAGUUCAUGGGCUUGACCGGUCCAAUCGCAGGGGAGGACAACUCAACGUAUCUGGGUGGAACUAUUUUCUUCGAUCACUACGAGAAGAGAGAGAAGGAGAAACUGAAAUAUAUGAAGCCCAAAGACAGAAAACGCAAAGCAGUGGAGCAAAAAGAAGUAAAAACAAAAAGGUCGAAAGAUGGAGCUGAGUUGCUAAAGAGGAUUGAGGAGGUGGAGCUGCCAGAUAUGGACGACGAUGGCACUGUGCCAGUGUUUGACGACUGCGACGAAAUCCGAAAGAAGAUCAACUACUUCUUGGGCGAAGGAAUGGUAACGAAGGCGGCUUUCCUCCGAGCACUGGGCGAUGUGAACAGCAACAGUCUGCGAAGCUUUAUGAAUUUGAGGUGUGGUGCCAAUUCUGGCGCGUCCAACGUGGUUUACCGCACAGCCUACGUCUUCUUCGAAAAGAAACGUGUCUUGGAAGGCAAGGAGAAAUCAGUCAAACGUUUGGCGAACGAGGAUCUUCAGGGUCCUGACGGCUUCCCUUUGGACAAUAGUCCGAAUUGGCAUUUUAUCGACAAGGUGUUGAACGGCUACUAACCGAUAAGGAGCCUCGUAGGAGUAACAGAGGAUCGUAAAGACCACGCGAUGAACAAGUAUUAAGAAUUCGACUCAAUUAAGGUUCUUAUUAUCGUAUACCAGCAACGCUGAGUGAUCAAGACGUGAG